GUGGUGGAAGCCUUUGGCCAUCAUGAAUACCCGUGUGGCAUGGGCCUUGCUCUUCUCUCAUGGUGCUCUGCUGGCUUGGUGUGGCAUAGGAAUAUGGGUGUUGGUUACUCUUCCUUCUAAGGACAGUGAAAGUCCCCCUGUUGCACCAACUCCAAAUGUAACCACAGAACCAUCAGAUGAUAAAAACAGGCACUCGUAUAACUACAAUUACUUACGUGAAGUACAACGAAGGGAUGAGCUUGAUAAAUAUAUGGCUGCAACUGGAAAAUAUGCAAGAUACAGUGAUGAUCCUCGGCUCUACUCGAUUGUUCCCUGUGGUGUUAGUGCCAUUGUUGCUGCAGGUUUAGUUAUGGCUGGCAUCUGCUCAAGGAAAACCUUUGCAACAACAGUUGGUCUGUACAGUUCACUUGGAUUGUGGAUAGCAGUCUUUGUGACUCUGAUGACAUAUCAAAAUUCUGUGCUGGAUGCAUCAGAUUUGUUAGUCUCAACACUUCCCUGGGUGUUAAUGUUUCAAGUUGGGCUCCUGCUCCUGCUGUCACUACAGGUUGGACUUGCCAUGUGGGAAUUGCGGAGGCAGAAAACUGGCUGGCCAAACAUAUACCUCACUCAUCUAUUCACUUUCGAAACUUACCUGCUUGUAGCAAGAGUAACACUGGCAGCAUUCACUUUAAUCUGCUUGAUCAAUUCGCCAAUGUUAGAUGGAUUAUACGACACGUCAGAGUUAAACAUAUAUGUACGCUACCCAGAUUACUACGUUCUGCCAUGUGUUGUUGCAUCUCUGUAUGGUUUAAUCGUUAGUAGUGAAGGCCUUAUGUCCACUUUACUUGGCGCAGUGCACAGCAAAUUGAUGCUUGGGACUACUCUAAUAUCAGCCAUUUGUUACAUGGCCCUGGCUGUUGUUGCAUCACCCAUAUUUGUCAGAGCUUACAUUGGUCCAUACCGUAUGUAUUCACUGGUGAUGAUUUUUUCUUCACUGUUAAGCAUUGUGAGCUUCAUACAUGCCAUUGCCUGCCUGGUUUUUCCCAGCAGCAUUAGAACACCUCCAAGCCUUAUCAAGAUCAUUGCUAACAAGUUAUCAUCAGUGGUUCACUCUUCAAAGGACUUUAUUAUACAGGAAGCCUUGUCAUUGACUUCAUCUAAAGAUUAUAGUGCAGCUUUGCCUGAGAAAAGCAAAUUUCGACUGCUUCGAACCUUGUGUUUAAAUGUUUUCUCUUUGGUUCUCUCUCUUGUGGCAAUAAUACUGAUUUGUAGCAGUGGAUUUAGAAAUUGGUCAGGCAUUGUGAUGAUGUGUGGAGAUGUUGCAGUGUUCUCUCGCACCAUGCCUGUAGUACUAACACAUCUGCUUGGCUACCAGACAUAUGAAUUACCUGGUUUAGUG